AUGGAACGGAAGUACAAUCUCGAGCAUUAUCUUAAACGAUAUAGGAGGGCCGAAUACUUUUUCUGGAACUUUGCUAUGUUUCUUAUAUCAGUUUAUAACUUGGAGACUAUUGUGCGUUCAUUCUUGCAAUUGUACCUUACGGGUCGUUACGGUUAUUUGCUGUUAGUCCGGAUUUACACACCGUUUCCUUACGAUGGCAAGCUAUUGGUCUACCUUUGCUAUUUUACUUUGGGAAGCAUAACUGGUGCUUGGAUUGCCGUUAUUAUUGCCGCAACUGAUUUAUAUUUACUUGGUUGCGUUUUACAAUUGUGUUUGCAUUUCGAAUUGUUGACGAAACAAUUAAUGGAAUUAGAUACAAGGAUAUUGACUGAAUCGGAAGCCAUUAAAAAAUUAAAUGCUAUCGCAAAAUAUCAAACAACAACUACCGCAGGUGCCAACCCUCCUAGAACGCUGCAAAAAUUUCAAAAUUGUAUUGCUUUCUUAAUUCCUAGUUGGCACAAUUUAACACAAAAGAAAUCCACUCAAGUAGAUGCAAUUGAUUGUUUCACCAAUGAAUUGGUCUUAAGAAGAUGUAAGAAGUGGGAAGAACUCAAAGAAAAUGUAUGUCAAAGUUUAAAUCAAAAGGAUUCUUCAGUUUCUUGUUCCACGACAAAUUUGCGAGAAAGUAUGCAUAUGAUGUCAAAAGCCAUAAAAACUGAUUUUGAAGCCCUGCGGUCGCCGAAACUAGUUCUUGAUAUACGAUCACUUUCACAAGCACAGCUAGAUAAUUUGCUCAUAUCAACAGUGGAGAUAAAAAACAAGUUAGAUUUUCUUUAUUUAGUACAACAAUGUAUACGAUGGCAAUAUUUGCCUUCUAAUGAGGUAUUGAUCGCUUCUCUCAAAUAUCUAAGCACUCUAUCAGCAGUACAGCAGAUUGAGUCUUUUUUGGAAAUUUGUAAACAACAAAAACACCCUUUGUUAGAAGCGUAUACAGACUUUGCUCCAUUUAAAGCAAUGGCUUUAUGGCGCCAUGGUCGAUCCGAUAUGGCACUAACAACUUUACAUCAAGGCUAUGACAAGGCAUUGCAAGCGUUACACCACCAAGCGUUACAUGGCCACCAUCAAGAACUUCUUCAACAUAUUCAAGGCUAUGACUCCAGUAAUUUAAUGGCAAGUAACGGUAAUGGCAAACGAAUGAUUCGAGCUGCUUUUCGUACAAUUAUUGAGGAAACCUUGAUAAAGAAAAGUGAUGCAGU